AUGUCAGAAGGAAUUUAUACAGAGACUUUGAAGGAUAAGUUUACUCUAUCUCCAUUUGAAAAGUACUCUAAAUACGGCAGAUUUCCCUUUAAGUUUCUAAUCUCUUGUACAUUAGUUUUCCUAACCACUUUACAAGUGAUAUUGAUCUCUGAACAUUACACAUAUAAUAAUUCAGGACAAAUAAUUUAAUUUGUGGCAUUAUUUUUGAAUGCGGAUGAACCUAUGAAUAAUAAAAUUACUUUACUUACAAUCGAUGACUUUUAGGAUUCCUUGAAUAAUACUCUCAAUAAUCUGGCCAAUAUUGAUGAUAUCACAGUUUAGGAUACUAAAAUUUUAGGUAAUACCUUCUUUUAGAUCAAUUAUAAUUAUCCUUUUGAAGCAUACAGAAUUGAUUAUCCUUUUAUGCGAAAUGUUACUUUGGGUAAACCAUUACUCGACCCAUUUGACUUAGAAGAUGAUGAUCAAAUACGUGAUUUUUGGACUAAUGCUUAUGAAUUAACACUGACUGUGAACUAAAUCAAAGUAGAAUCAUAAUAGCGAUCUGCUUGUUGGGAUCUCUAGAUUACAUAUUAAUUCAUUAAUUAUGGCUAUAUUGAUGCCACCAUUACUACAAUAGGGGGGAUUUGUGCAGAAAACAGAGAAGAAGGACAUGGAUCUGCAUUCAAUAGUGCUGCUGUUAGAAUAGAUAAUAUGUUGUUGUAAUUGAGUAUAAUUUUAUUGGCAUUUAUUGAUGUUUGUUUGGGAGUCAAAUAUAUUUAUGAAGUUAUUGAAAUGUACACAAAUAACAUUUCAAAAUUGAAGAAAAAAAGAAAGUUCAAAGUUCCUGAAUACAAAUUAUAUAAAAAUCAGAAUCUCACAACAUUAAAGAUCAUCUUAACUGAAUAAAAGCCUUGGGAGUAAUUGACAAUAAAGGAAAAGCUAUUGUUUUUUGAUCUAUUUUUACCCAUUAGAAUCUUAGGGAAUAUCAUUUAACUAAUAUCAGCUGGUAUACUAAUAUCUGAGACUUUCAUAAGAGUUGAUGGUUUGUCUUAAUAUGAUGAGUUGAUGGCUGGAUUGGGUUGCUUUUUCGCAUGGUUUUCAAUAGUGAAAUACUUGGAUUACUAUGAAGAAUUGCAUUUAAUUGCAUCAGUAUUAGAGUCAUCUAUUUUACCAGUGUGUAUGGCUAUUUUAAAUUUCUUACCAGUCUUUUUAGGCUAUGCUCUGUUGGGUAUGUGUUUGUUUAGCGAUUCUCAUUAGUUUGUGAGUUUAUCGUCUUCAAUAAAUGCUCUAUUUUCAUUGAUUUAUGGAGAUUCAAUAUCUGAUGUGGCUAGAGAUAGUUCUAGAGGGGUUAGCUUAGAAUUGUCAUUGAUUUACAUAGUCACUUAUAUUUUAUUGUUCUUAUUUGCUGUGCACAACAUUAUGGUGGCUUUGAUAAAGGAGUAGUUGGAAAUUCGUAAGGAUUUGAUAUUCCAGGAGAAGGAGUUGAUGAAUCAAUUGGACAUGAGUAACAACUAUUAGUAUUAAAUGUAUUUGAUGAAACAGACAACUAUGAUGAAUCGUAGUGUAAUGAAGGAUGAUUUUGGUUCAAUGAUGCAAUCUUAAAGUGGGAAUAAUCAAUAACAAUAGAUGAACAAGUAGAUCUCUUUGAAAUCGAUAACGAAGUUGGCGAUGUUGCAUAAACAGAAGUCAGCUGAUGUUUCUAAAUAGGAGAUGGAGAACAAUUGGAAGCAAAUUUGUAAAGAGGAGAUGUAAAACCAUUAUAUUUAUAAUAUAUUGAUAUCAACAAUAGCUGAGACUAAGAAUAUUUUGAGCAAUGUGGAAUUGGAGUUGUGGAAUGAUAUUGAUUCUAGUCCAUUUACUGUGAUUGAUAAGAAGGAGAUAAUCACACUGUAUUGUUCCUAGUUGAUUAAGAAACAUCAGAAAAUGAGGAAUAUCUUUAAUAAAACAAAGUAAAUAAGCUAAAAUUUGAAACAAUGA